UAUUUCUAAAAGCAGAAAAAUAAUUUUUAGUGGAUGUACCCAACUAAAAAAAAAAAAGGAAAAAAUAUACUAAUCCUAAACCUUGCAAAUUAAUUAAAAACUUAAAACGAACGCUAAGUGAAAAACAGUUGUGCCGCUCCGACAUGUCGUGUUUUGGAAACCACCAAACGAAAUAGGUCGCGUCUAGGAAACCGUACCUUGUACCUGUAAUACUUGGUGCGUCUACUCAAGAAUGCGGAAAUUAGUUACUAUCACGAAUUAAGAUAUGUUUUUAAAUAUAUAUAAAUCUUAAUUUUUUGGCAUAAUUAAUUACAACGGGAUGAAAUGCCUCACGUUCAGUGACCAUGUUAUCAGCGAGAAGCGCGAUCAUCGACGGAACUGAUCAACUACAACCACGGUUUUCAAGAACGCGACAACACCCGCUGUCACAGAACACCGGUAACAACAAUGCGGUAUAAUAUUAACAAUCUCUCUUCCACACAUUCUGUGCGUGCAUCGCUUACGGUAUUAUUAUCUUACUCUGUGGUGGUACUAUACUUGUCCGCUGCACAACGGAAUAGAUCGAGUACGCUGCAAGCCUGAUGGUGUACUGCACUAUUUCGUGCUUUCGCCGUCGAGGUACUGCGGUCGUUUUAUGGGAGUCAGCAACAGAUUUCCUGAACUGGAUCGGAUCUUUAUCAAAUAUUAAUUUUUUUUUUUUUCUCACCAACGCGAAAACCAGUUCCGGACCACGGAACACCGCCGUACAUUGAUCCGUUUCGACGUCACAACGAGCCGGCCGUUUGCGGCUUCAGUGGUUGGCCAUUUCUACACAUAAUCCGCGGACAUUACGAGAACGUAAUAUGGCACCCCGCUAUGUGUUCAAUGGUAUGGUGAACAGCGUCUGUACGACCGCCAAUCGAAUUAACCCGUCGAAAAAAAUUGGUACCAUCGCGUUUUACUGUUGGUAUUUUUUCCUCGAAAUAAAUGUUACUAUAUUUCGAUGCUUUAUCCUGUGUACUGUGAAGAGGUUAUUUUUAAAUGACUUCGAAGAAAGACGCAAUCCAAGUUGAUCUCAUUGAUGAAUCUAUCAAUGUUAUUAAUAAUAUAAAGAUUGAAGACUCAAUUGAUGAACAUUCAUCAUGUCUAUUUGUUAAUAGUACAGCUAUGAUUUCUGAAGAUACAGAUAAAAUAAUUAAACAUGAAAAAGAUGUAUUGGAUGAUGGUAUGUGGGAAAGUACAAUGGAAAUUCAAAAAUCCACAAAUCAAAAUAACUUGAUGGGACCUAUAAAUCAGAAUGUAUCCAACUAUAAAUCUGACUUAAAUCAUGAAAAUACAACUCCUAAGAAUACAUUUUCCUGUAUAAUUUGCAAAGAAAGCUUUCCUUUGCAUUUUCAACUAAAGAACCAUAUGAUAAAUCAUAAAAAAUCAUCUCAAGUCUAUAGAAAUGUAAAUAAAUGCAAACUUUGUGGAAAACAAUUUAAACUAAACUUUAGUUAUAAUAGGCAUGUUGAAAAAUGUAAUUUAUUUGAAUGUGAAAUAUGUGGAGAUUUUGUUAAAAAAACAGAAUAUACUGAACACAUGCAAACUCAUGAAGGUGGAUGCUCUGGGAAUAAAAUUGAUUUUAUUCCUAAUUUAAAAUUGUGUAAACUAAAUGGUGUUUGGAAAAGUAAACCAAAUUGUAUUUAUAAAUGUAAAAGUUGUUUUGAGAAGUUCUAUACUAAAAGUAACUUGAUAGAACAUAUGAAAAAACAUAAUGAUAAUGAUAGUUGUACAUUGAAUGAAGAUUUUUUAAAGUAUAAAUCUGUUCCUAAAUCAAAAUUGACUAGAAAUCCAUUUAAAUGUCAGAAGUGUAAUCUAAGGUUUGACAAACAAUAUAUAUUAGACCGUCAUUUAACUCAUUGUACUGCAAAUUCUAGUAAAAUAUGGAAUAAAUUUCGUGGUAACGUCAAGACUAAUACAAAAAAAGCAUUUUUUUGCAAAAACUGUGGAAUAGGUUUUAAUACCCGUUUGUUACUGAAUAAUCACAUUGUUUUGGGUUGUAAAAGUUGCAGUAACAAAGAUUCUUGGUUUAAAAAUAUGUUAAAAAAUAAAAAUCUUAAACAGUCUAUAAAAUCUAAUAUAAAUAAAAUGCAUAAUCAAAAUAUAAACAAUAAUGAUGGUCAUAUAAUGAAAAAUAAUUCAAACGUCACUAAAAGAUCUGAUCAAAUAGAUACAGUCCACAGAAAUAAAUCAACUAUAAUGUCACAUAAUUUAAAGAUGAAUAUUUCUGAUCUAAAUAUAAAGAAAGAAAAAAUAUCAUCUUCUAAUGUCAUAGAAAUAGAUUGUACCGAUCAAACAAUUGCAACUAAUAGUGAUGAAUCUACAUUACAAACAGUACCUCAGUAUUUCAUGAUGAAUGAUUAUAUUUCAAAUGUAAAGAAAGAAAGAGACCCUUGUACAAAUACUACUGAAAAAAAUAAGUUAGAUCUAAUAAAUGCAACUAAUUAUAAUGAAUCAACAUCUAAAACAGUUUCACAUAAUGUAACAACAAACAAUUGUAGUUCAAGUAAAAAGAAAGAAAAAACAGAGAUUGGAAACAAUUGUCAUAAAAUAUAUACUGCCAAUAGUUAUGAAUCAACUUUAUCAUUAGUUCCAAGUAAUUCAGUAGUAAAUGAUAGUAGUCAAAGUUUAAAGAAAAAUGAAAUUAUGAAUACAUUCACCUCUAUUAGAAAAAAUUCUGAUCUAAUGAUUGUUAGGAAUAAUUCAAAUAUUACAAGAAUAAACAGUUCAGAUCAAAUAAAUGCAGGAAAUAGUAAUGCACCGAACAUACAACCAAAAUCUCUUGCUUCUGUAAUGUAUGAUCAUAGUCUAAAUAUAAAGAAAGAAAAAAAUGAAAGGCUUUGCAGGAGAAAUGUCACAGAAAUAAAUGGUAAUGCAUCAACUUUACUAAUUUCAGAAUAUUCAACAGUUAAACAAGAGCAUGUUACUUUAAAUGAUAAUGAUCACUUCUCAAUUACACCAAGAGAAACUGAUUAUUUGUCUAUAAGGAAAUUGUCUGACAUUGAAAAAAUACCUUAUAAUACCAAUGAUUGUAACUUGAAGUCAGCAUUCCAAAGUAAUUUUAAGUUUCUAUGUAAAAUUUGUAAUAAAUCAUCAUUUAGUGAUGUACAUACAUUUGCAUUGCACAUGAGUGAUCAUGCUGAAUGUAGCAUUCAUGAGUGUAUUGUAUGUAAUGAAAUUUUCAGUACUGUACUUCUUUGGAAAAAUCAUAUGACUUACCAUCAAGAGAAAGUAGAUUUAAAUUUAUCGAAAACCCAAUUAAAUUGUAUAGAUAUUGAAUCUAAUGUUUUAAGCAUUAAUAAUUCGGAAAGCAUAAUACCUCAAGCAUGUUCAACAACCUUCAGAAAUAAACGAAAUAAACAAGUAAAAUCAAUUUCUAAAUUAAUAUCAAAAUUUAAAAACUCACGUUACAAAAAUGUAAAAAACUUUGCCAAAAUGUCUAAAAAACAGUAUCAGUGUGAUAUAUGUUCAAAACAUUUUUAUUCUCAUCUCACAUUAACGGUGCAUCAAACUGUUCAUAAUAUUUCAAGACCAUUCUCCUGUAAGUAUUGUAACAGAACUUUUUCAUCUAAGGGUCCUUGUACAAAUCAUGAAAAGUCACAUAAAUCUGAUAAAAAUAGUUUGCUUAAAACUGAAAAUGAAGAGGAAUGUGGACCUAUUGAAACCUUAAAUGACAUAAAAAGUGCAGUAAACAAUGUUUACACAUUUUCUUGUAAAUAUUGUGAAAGAACAUUUUCUUCCCGAGGUCCAUGUACAAAUCAUGAGAAGUCACAUAUCUUAAAUAUAAAUAAUUUAUCCUCGUACAACAUUAAAGAUAAAGAACAUAUUGACUCUGGAUCAGUUGAAUCCCAAAACAGCACAAAUGUAGGAAAUAAUUAUGUUGACAAAUUUUCUUGUAAUUAUUGUGAUAGAACAUUUUUAUCAAAGGGUGCAUGUACAAAUCAUGAGAAGUCACAUAAAUCUGAUAAAAAUAAUAUGCUUAUAACUGAAAAUGAAGAGGAUUAUGGACCUAUUGGAACCCUAAAUAACAUAAAAAGUGCAGUAAAAAAUGUUAACACAAUUUCUUGUAAAUAUUGUGAAAGAACAUUUUCUUCCAGAGGUCCAUGUACAAAUCAUGAAAAGUCACAUACCACAUCUUUAAAUUAUCUUAACCUAUAUAAUAUUGAAGACAAAGAACAUAUUAAAUUAAGAUCAAUAGGAAAUUUACAAAUUCCUAAAGAAGAAGAACCUAUUGUAACUCAAAAUAAAAUUGAAACAGAAAAUGGCAGUGUUGACAAUCAUGAAAAUAAAGAUAAAGUUGAUAAAUUUGUUUGUUUUAUUUGUAAAAAGAUAUUUACUAAGCAUUGUUCCUUGAUAAACCACAUUAUGUUUUUGCAUAAAGCAGAUCCAAAUUCACCUGAACUGCUUGUUAAUUUAAAUAAUAUGAGUAACACCAACAGUACAUUAUCUAAAAAUACAACAAAAAUGAAUAAGUUGAAAAAAGGGAAGAAAAAAUUAGUUGGAAAUAGUAGAUUUACAAAUAAACCAAUAGCAUGCACUAUAUGUAAGAAACAUUUUGUACAUAAUGGUGCCCUAUUUAGUCAUAUGAAUUCUCAUACAGAUCUUAAACCAUACAAAUGUCAGUAUUGUGACAAAAAGUUUAAUAUGAAAGGCCCUUUGACUCUCCAUGAGAGAACUCAUAAAUUCAAUAGAGGAACAAAUAAUAAUAAAAUUUUAAAUAAAGUAAAAAUAGAACCUAAUGAGGAACAAGAUAUUGGAAAUAGUGACAAUUUUGAGCUUGCUACAAAAAUAUUUAAUUCAAUUGAUAACAAUGACAAUCCAUUUGACACUUAUGACAAUAAGCAAAAUCGUAUGUGGUUUGCUUGUGAUGUAUGUGAUAAGAAAUUUUCUACUCCAUUUAAAUUGAUAAUACACAGAAAAUCAAAUUGUCAUGUUGAACCAUAUGUAUGUAAAAUUUGUAAUAGGUCUUACUCUGUGAGACACCGUUGGAAUAGACAUUUAAAAUCUCACUACAUACGGAACAAACUGAUCAAAAAUUCAAAAAAAAAUAGACAAACAAACAAUUUUAAAUUGGAUACUAAUAAACUAUUUGUUAAACCUGUACAACUGAAAAAUCAGUAUAAAUGUAGUUACUGUAAAAAAGAAUAUAGUUCAAUAUCGUAUUGGAAAAAACAUUUGUCAUUGAGUAAAGAGUGUCGUCGGCAUUGUAAACAUGGUCUUCCAGAAUUUAGGUCAAUUCAAGCAAAAGAUAAAUUCUUAAAAACUGAGACUAAAGUAUUUGAAUGUCAUGUUUGUAAAAAAACAUAUAGCACUGCCUACAAUCGAAAAAUUCAUCUUAUAAAUAUUCACAAAAUUUCAGAAAAUGUCAGUGAUACUCAAUGUAAGAUAUGUGGUAAAAAUUACAGUAAUAAAGCUAAUUUAAGUAGACAUUAUUCUGUAAUACACACAAAGGGUAAUAAAUGUAUUAAUUGCACUGACUGUGGAAGAACAUUUAAACACAUAUAUUCUUAUCAAGAACAUGUAAGAAUUAAAUCCUUAAAGUUGCAACAAAGUAACAAAGCAAUGAGUAAUACUAAUAGAAAUUUAACACAGCACAUUAUGGAAAAUAAUAAAUGUAAUAUUGUGAAAUAUUCUUGUAAAAUAUGUAAAAUGGAAUUUGCUCAUAAAAUAAUGUUACAGAGACAUUCAAAGACACACACAGUUACCAUGUAUAAAUGUAAAGACUGUAAUCAGUUAUUUAAAUCAAAUAUUAUUUUGAGCAAGCAUAUUUUGAAAAAUCACAGUACUAAGAUUUCAUUGAAUAAAGGCAAAUAUAUUGAAGACAAUGCUAUUCAAAAUACUACACAAUCAAAAAAAGAGGUACCAGCUCAAUGUAAAAUUUGUUUCAAAGUUUUAAAAACAGUAAAAUAUUUAUCUCAUCACAUGAGAUUACAUUCUGGUAUCAAACCAUUUAAAUGUGACUUUUGUAAUAUGGCUUUCCGAUUUAAAUCAAAUUGGAGGAUUCAUAGAAGAAAACACCAUUUAGAAAAUAUGUCUUAAUUAGUUUUGUGUUCUCUAUUAAAAUAUAUAUUAUUAUAUUUUUGGUUUUAAAAUCUGCUUAUUAUUUUAGCUAUUGAUGUAAUAUUGAGUUAUAUUUAAAACUUUGUUGG